GCCGUUGCCACGAUUGCGGCAAAGCCUUGGCGUUCGGUUCGGCUUUUACCAAACGCCGGCGUGGCGCCGAGCGGCCCCAUAAAUGCGCCGAAUGCGGGAAAUGUUUCCGCCUCAGCUCUACCCUCAUCACCCACCAACGCCGUCACGCCGGCGAGAAACCCUACAAAUGCCCCGAUUGCGGCAAAACCUUCAGCGUGGGCUCGGCGUUCAUCCAACACCAACGCGUCCACGCCGGUGCCGGCGCCGGAGCGGCUCCGUGUCAAUGCGGAGUUUGCGGGAAGAGUUUUCCGGCCAGCGCCAGUUUGGUAAAACACCAAAAAUUACACCUGGAAGAAAAACCUUAUAAAUGCGGCGAUUGCGGGAAGGGAUUCAACUGGAAUUCCCACCUGGAACGGCAUCGCCGGAUUCACACCGGUGAAAAACCGUACGCUUGCCCCGAAUGUGGGAAAAGCUUCAGGUUCGCCAAAACGGCCGCCUUGGCAAAACACCGGCGCGUUCACGCCGGCGAGAAACCCUACAAGUGCGGGGAGUGCGGGAAAGGGUUCGGUUUGAACACCGCGUUGCUUCAACAUCAACGGAGCCACGCCGCUGGCAAACCUUACCAAUGCGGCGAUUGCGGUAAAAGUUUCGCUUGGAGUUCCCACCUCGACCGUCAUCGGCGAAUCCACAUGGGGGAAAAACCUUAUCGGACCCAUAAAUGUAGCGAAUGCGGGAAGAAUUUCACGUAUCGCUCGGAAAACGUUAAACACCAAGGAACGCAAACGGGCGAUAAACCGUAUACGUGCCCGGAAUGCGGGAAGAGUUUUGGGCAAAAUUCGGCGUUGGUGAAACAUCGCCGGAUGCAUACGGGAGAAAAACCCUACAAAUGCGGGGAUUGCGGGAAAAGCUUCAGCGUGCGUUCCAACCUCAUCAAACAUCAACGGACGCACCUCGGCGAGAAACCCUACAAAUGUCCCGAUUGCGGGAAGGGUUUUAUCCAAAAAUCCGACCUCACCAAACACCGCCGGAUGCAUACGGGGGAGAAACCCUACAAAUGUAACGUCUGCGGGAAAUGUUUUAGCGUUUCAUCCAACCUCAUCAAACACCAACGCAUCCACUUGGGGGAAAAACCUUAUCAAUGCUCCGAAUGCGGCAAAAGUUUCAUCCAACGCUCCGAGCUCACCAUCCACCAACGCGUCCACACCGGCGAGAAACCCUACAAAUGUCCCGAGUGCGGCAAAUGCUUC